AUGACUUCAACAUCAAACCCCGCUCAGUCUCACACGCCCACGGCGCCGCCGCUUCCACCCCGCGGUUCGCAGCUCUGGUUCGCGGACAAGCUAUCACAGAAGAAGGAUCCCUUGACUUACUCGCUCAUCACUCUGGCAGCUGCGAGACUCGUAUGGAUCACGCAGGUGCAGGGCCGCAAGGCAAAGGCGCGGUCGACCGCUGUUGCCCCACAGCUGGUCGUCUGGGCCAUCUUCUGGCCGACGGCGUUGGUGGUGCUGAGGACCGGCGUCAAGUGGGCGGACACCACGGUUGCCAAGGCUGGCCUGAAGCACCCGUCGGAGAAGCCACCGAGAGGGGAGGUGGAGGGGGACUCAAGGCAUGAUGUUUGA